GGUGGUACUCGUAGCACUCAACCUGCCAGGUCCGCAUCAGACAAAAGUGGCAGUGGUCAAUCCAGCACUUUCUGUUUCAACCAUCACUACUACUGUCAAUAAUUUCCUAGCCCCAAUUCCCAGCAGUCUUCUGCAUCCCACACCAACUCCAACUCCAACACCCAUACCACCACAAUUGUCCUCUGUACACUCUUGCCUCUUGUUGUCUCUUGUCCACUUGGACUUGUUCUUAUCCUGCAACUCUUCCUCAUCUACACGUCUGCUCCCCAUAACGGCGUUUGAACCGUCUCUUCUAAACCAAGUCCAUUGACCACCUGUCCAAAGACUACCCCUCACCGCCGCGACAAUGUCAGCAAAGUCCAUUCUAGAGGCUGAUGGAAAAGCCAUCCUCAACUACCACCUCACUCGUGCCCCAGUGGUCAAGCCUACUCCCUUGAAGGCCUCAGGAGUUCACAAUGCUCCUCCCAAACUAGCAUCUCUCUACUUCCCCGAAGAUGAGGAUGUUGAGGGCAUCCUUGCCCAGGCCGAAGCCACCUACCCUUGGCUGUUGACCCCUGGCUCCAAAUUCGUUGCCAAACCAGAUCAGUUGAUCAAGAGAAGAGGAAAGAGCGGUCUUUUGGCCCUGAACAAGACCUGGCCUGAAGCCAGAGCCUGGAUCGCUGCACGAGCUGGCAAGGAACAACAAGUCGAGCACGUCGUUGGUACCCUGCGCCAGUUCCUGGUCGAGCCAUUUGUACCUCAUCCCCAGGAUACUGAGUACUACAUCAACAUCAACUCAGUUCGAGACGGAGACUGGAUCCUGUUCACUCACGAAGGUGGUGUGGAUGUUGGCGAUGUCGACGCAAAGGCAGAGAAGGUGUUGAUCCCAGUCGACCUGAAGAAAUUCCCCUCCAACCAAGAAUUGGCCGCAGGCCUUCUCAAGAAAGUCCCCAAGGGCGUUCACAACGUUUUGCUUGACUUCAUCAUUCGAUUGUACUCUGUGUAUGUCGAUUGCCAGUUCACAUACCUCGAGAUCAACCCUCUGGUCGUUAUCCCCAACGCAGCCGGCACAUCUGCCGAAGUCCACUUCCUCGAUCUCGCGGCCAAACUUGACCAAACUGCCGACUUCGAGUGUGGCACUAAAUGGGCCGCCGCCCGCAGCCCAGCUGCCCUUGGCCUGCCCGCCACAGCCCGGACUGACGGCAAGGUCACCAUCGAUGUCGGACCUCCCAUCGAGUUCCCUGCUCCUUUUGGCCGUGAGCUGAGCAAAGAAGAAAAAUACAUCUCCGACAUGGAUGCAAAGACUGGUGCCUCCCUCAAGUUGACCAUCCUCAACUCUCAAGGUCGCGUCUGGACUUUGGUUGCUGGUGGUGGUGCUUCCGUGGUUUACGCUGAUGCCAUUGCCUCUGCAGGCUUUGUUAGCGAGUUGGCCAACUACGGAGAGUACUCUGGUGCCCCUACCGAGACCCAGACUUACAACUACGCAAGAACGGUGUUGGAUCUGAUGCUCCGCGCUCCCGUCCACCCUGAUGGCAAGGUGCUGUUUAUCGGUGGAGGUAUUGCCAACUUCACCAACGUUGCCUCAACCUUCAAGGGUGUGAUUCGUGCCCUGAGAGAGGUUGCCGUACCCCUGAAUGAGCACAAGGUGCAGAUCUGGGUACGACGUGCUGGACCCAACUACCAAGAAGGUCUCAAGAACAUCAAGGCCGUCGGCGAAGAGUUGAAACUCAACAUGCACGUGUACGGACCUGAGAUGCACGUCUCAGGUAUUGUACCGUUGGCUCUGUUGGGCAAGACCUCCCCUGUCCCCGAGUUCGGUGGAUAGAUUUGAGAGUCGCACUUGUGUGUUUCUUGGGCAGCGAGACGAAUCAUGUUGUAUGACUUGACAGUGGAGCACAUCAAUUAUCGUAUCGUGUCGAUGUUUGAUAUGCUGUUGGCACGCGUCGGGGCGAUCGGAAAAAAAGGGGGGCAUGGGUUGCAGGCGUUUUUUGUCCUUUGCUUGACGCAACGAGAUGAAAUUAGUGCGUCUUGUCUUGUCCAUGUGACCCGGCCGGCCUGCAAGAUGCAAAUGGCUGGAGGUCAAACUUGAUAACAAUCAGCGUAAAUACGUUACUCCUUUAGACUCGAGCAUGGUGAGGUUGAGUAAUAAUGAAUUGAUGGAGUGAAAGACAAUAUGGUUGGCGUGCAAAAUCACGUGAUAUUAAUCGAUCCUCUUCAAAGGCGUCUGUUCUCAGACUUGUGUAUGUAGAGCAGAUGAUGAUCAGAGUCUGUCGUUGAAUUAUGUCAGGACAUGUUUG